CGGAUGCUAAAUUGUGUGCGGAACUGUGUCAUGGUAGCCCACACGUGAGUGGGAGAGAACCUGCAGUGAUGAAUUUACAACGACUUCGUUUACCGCAUUUAAAAUUAUUGUUAGAAUGUUCAAGACAAUGGAUGACCAAUGUCCCGGCAGGGGUUGUGGCAGGUGAGCGGCUGGGGGCAGCCCGACACAUCUCCUGCACACAUCAACUCACCAGGAAGAAGAAGUUUCCAGAGGAGGACACAGACAUCAGGGAGACAGAUGGAUUGGAUGGUGUUUUGAAGGAAGCAGCAAAAAAUGUAGCCAAUUCUCUACCUGGCGAUGCCAAACAGACCGAAUCUGACCUUCUCCAACAGCUCCACAACCAAGCCAAACUGUCUCAGGCGCGCAGGGAAGGAAGGGAGGUAACUCCAACAGGAGCUCCUCCUCAGCCAAGACAAAAGUCCCAUGGUGGUCGGAGACCAGAGGCAGCGUCAAAAAGUGGCUCGAACACUCGACACACGGGAUCCAAACCUCUGGAUUAUUAUUUCCGUGAAGAAGAAAGCAGAGGUAAAGAUGCUGCCCCCAAAGACGAUUCCCCCUAUGAAGAAGGCUCAGUAAUUAGGGAGCUGAUGGAGAGGAAGAAAUCUUUAUCCCAAGCCAGAAGAAAGGACUCCAUGCCCGGUAGAGAUGCCCUGCAUCGGGACAAGCCGAGGAGCAGGGAUACAGGGCCCAGGCAGGAGUCUUUGCUGCGAGGUAAAGUUGCACACAGAAGCCCCGCUCCGAGAGAUGAGGCAAGGGGUCGAGGUGAAGCAAGGGGUCGAGGUGAAGCAAGGGGUCAAGGUGAAGCAAGGGGUCGAGGUGAAGCAAGGAGUCCAGAUUUGGCUGCAUGGCGGGACUCUAUCCUUCCAGACAGGCCUGGACAGAGAGUUCCCAGUGCCCAGGUUUCCUCGGCUAAAAAGAAACAGAUUCGAAACUUCAAGCUGUUUUCUGGAGAAGGACUUGGUCUGUUUGACAGUUUAGCCAAAGAUAAAUCAGCUGCCCUGGAGACGACUGCGCGGAGAUCCCUGUGGGAUGAAGUACAGGAGGAGACAAUGGCUGCCCUCAAACAGACUCCCACCAAUGCAUUUGAGGAGAUGAUUGAAUGGACCAGAGAGGGCAAACUGUGGACAUUUCCUAUAGACAAUGAGGCUGGGAUGGUUAGGGAGCAGAGUGUCAACUUUAGCGAACACGUCUUCCUGGACCAACAUCUAGAGGGCUUCCCAAGGCGGGGCCCUGUCCGGCAUUUCAUGGACCUUGUGACCACUGGCCUGUCCAAGAACCCCCACCUGACUGUGGAGCAGAAGAAGGACCACAUCGAGUGGUUCCGCCGGUACUUCACCGAGAAGCAUGCUGUGUUGGAGGAGAAUCUUGGCCCUGAUGGAGUCAUGAAGUCAGUCGCAGACAAGCAGCUUCAGUCCCAGCAGUAAAUGUGGAGACAUUGUGUGUGACAUGAUAAACUGUUCAUGUUUGUAAAUUGUUUGAGUUUGUUCAAAGAGUAAAUACAUAUUACAUUUAUU